GCUGCCGGGAGCGCCGCGUUCGGACUCCUGUUAGUAGGUCGCGAGUGGGAGGCGGUGGCUGCGGCUGCACGGGCGUUGGGAAGAUGGCGCCGCCGGUGACCGAGCGGGGUCUGAAGAGCGUCGUGUGGCAGAAGAUAAAAGCAACAGUGUUUGAUGACUGCAAGAAAGAAGGCGAAUGGAAGAUAAUGCUUUUAGAUGACUUUACUACGAGACUUUUGGCAUCGUGUUGCAAAAUGACAGAUCUUUUAGAGGAGGGGAUAACUGUUGUAGAGAAUAUCUAUAAGAACCGUGAACCCGUCAGACAUAUGAAAGCUCUUUAUUUUAUCUCUCCAACGUCAAAAUCUGUAGAUUGUUUCUUGCGGGAUUUUGCAAGUAAAUCAGAGAAUAAAUACAAAGCAGCAUAUAUAUACUUCACUGACUUUUGCCCUGAUAGUCUCUUUAACAAAAUCAAGACAUCUUGCACCAAGUCAAUAAGAAGAUGUAAAGAAAUAAAUAUUUCCUUCAUUCCACAUGAAUCUCAGGUUUAUACACUUGAUGUACCGGAUGCGUUCUAUUACUGCUACAGUCCAGACCCUGGUAAUGCCAGUGAGAAAGAAGCCAUUAUGGAAGCAAUGGCUGAGCAGAUAGUUACAGUGUGCGCCACAUUGGAUGAAAAUCCUGGGGUAAGAUAUAAAAGUAAGCCUCUAGAUAAUGCCAGUAAGCUUGCACAGCUGGUUGAGAAAAAACUUGAAGACUACUACAAAAUUGAUGAAAAAAGCCUAAUAAAGGGUAAAACUCAUUCCCAGCUCUUAAUAAUUGAUCGUGGCUUUGAUCCUGUGUCCACUGUCCUGCAUGAACUGACCUUUCAGGCAAUGGCAUAUGAUCUACUCCCAAUUGAGAAUGAUACAUACAAAUAUAAAACUGAUGGAAAAGAAAAGGAGGCCGUCCUUGAAGAAGACGACGACCUGUGGGUCAGAAUCCGGCACCGGCACAUUGCAGUCGUGUUAGAGGAAAUUCCGAAGCUUAUGAAGGAAAUUUCAUCAACAAAGAAAGCAACAGAGGGAAAAACGUCACUUAGUGCUCUUGCUCAGCUCAUGAAGAAGAUGCCCCAUUUCCGAAAACAGAUUACUAAGCAAGUCAUUCAUCUUAACUUAGCAGAAGAUUGCAUGAAUAAGUUCAAACUUAAUAUUGAAAAGCUCUGCAAAACUGAACAGGACUUGGCACUGGGAACUGAUGCAGAAGGUCAGAAGGUGAAAGAUGCCAUGCGAGUGCUCCUUCCAGUUCUUCUCAGCAAAAAUCAUGAUAAUUGUGACAAAAUAAGAGCAAUCCUACUUUAUAUCUUCAGUAUCAAUGGAACUACAGAAGAAAAUUUGGAUAGGCUGAUCCAGAAUGUCAAAAUAGAAAAUGAGAGUGAUAUGAUUCGUAACUGGAGCUACCUUGGUGUUCCCAUUGUACCCCAAUCUCAGCAAGUCAAACCAUUAAGAAAAGAUCGGUCUGCAGAAGAAACUUUUCAACUUUCUCGAUGGACACCUUUUAUUAAAGAUAUUAUGGAGGAUGCUAUUGAUAAUAGAUUAGAUUCAAAAGAAUGGCCAUAUUGUUCCCAGUGUCCAGCAGUAUGGAAUGGCUCAGGAGCUGUAAGUGCUCGACAGAAGCCAAGAAACAACUAUUUAGAACUAGACCGAAAAAAUGGAUCCAAGCUGAUUGUUUUUGUAAUUGGUGGAAUUACAUACUCUGAAAUGCGUUGUGCUUAUGAAGUUUCUCAGGCACAUAAGUCCUGUGAAGUUAUUAUUGGUUCUACACAUAUUUUAACACCCAGAAAGUUAUUGGAUGAUAUAAAGAUGCUGAAUAAAUGCAAGGAUAAAGUUUCUCUGAUUAAGGAUGAGUAGCUUUGGUGGUGGUGCUUGGAGGGUUUUGUAAUGUUUUCAACUAAAAUAGAACAUGAAAAUGUUGCUAUAUUUUAUGUUUAUAUAACUUAACAGUGUAAAUAUUUUAUGGAAUAAUGGUUUACCAAGUACGUUUCUUAAGGAAUUCUAUGUAUUAUUGGAUUUGCCAUUUCUAAUAAUUUAAAUGUUGUUGCUGCUUAAUAAUAAUACAUUAAAAUGCUUUGUAAUUGGAAAGUUUUUCACCUUUUGAGCUGAGUCCAUUUGCAUUAUGGGUAAUUUUUACAGCCAUCUGCAUGCAUACUAAUGACUCAUCAGCUACCUAACUGCCUUAUGCCGUGCUGAAGUGUAUUAUUUUGGGGAAAGGAUGAUUGUAAAUGAAGAGAUUAUAAAAGUAAAAACUGUAAAUGUGUAUGUAUGAUAGAACUAUUUCCUAUGAAUGCUAUCAUUUUUCAACUGAAAUUCAUAAUUUCUUUCAUAUGUAAAAUAAUUUCUACUACUAGAAUUAUUUCACAGUGUAUAUUAUCUUGCUAGAUUCUACUAAAGAACACAGCUUUGUGUGCUUGAAAUUAUGUGUUUAGAAACCAAAAAUAAUU